AAUUUUCGGCACGAGCACAAGGUUCAUCGAAGAAAACUGCCGAAGCAAUGUGCGCGCUAUCGUUGAUGCGACAACUUUUUCAUAGUCAACUUUUAUCGGAAAUUCCUGUUUCUGUGAGUGAAAAGUUUUCGGAAGAAAUUGGCCAGUACCUUGCAAUGUGUGGCAUUGAAGAAGUGAUACCACCUGUGCAUGCUUCACGCGCUGCACCCGUUUCUCUGCUUGUUUCACAGAAACUCACGCAGUUUGAACCAUCUGAACCGGUUUGCGGUGGAUUUGUAUCGUGGUGCCCAGCAGCCCAGCGUGAAUCGUUACCGGUUUGUCAGUAUCGCGCCCAGAUAAUCGAAACGAUUGCAAGAAAUUCGGUGACACUCAUCAAGGGAGAAACAGGCUGUGGAAAAUCCACGCAGGUUUGCCAGUACCUGCUGGAGGAUUAUAUAAACAAGGGCCGCGGUGCCGAAUUUGCUGCAUUUGUUACGCAACCACGACGAAUUAGCGCAAUAACAUUGGCUGAACGAGUGGCGGAUGAACGUGGCGAACAACUUGGAGUAUCUGUUGGCUAUGGUGUCAGAUUUGACUCCGUUCAUCCGCGACCGUAUGGAGCGCUGAUGUUUGUUACCGUUGGUGUGCUGCUGAGAAGACUGGAAUCAGGACUUCGUGGCGUGAGCCAUAUCAUUGUUGAUGAAAUCCAUGAGCGAGAUAUCAAUACCGAUUUUAUUCUGAUCGUUCUGCGAGAUAUGGUGAAAAUGUUUCCGGAUAUACGAGUGAUUUUGAUGUCUGCAACCAUCGAUACAAAUCUGUUCACCAAUUAUUUUGGUGGUUGUCCGGUGAUUCAGCUCGAAGGACGUACUUUUCCUGUCCAGCAUUAUUUCCUGGAAGAUAUUGUGCAGAUGCUUCGUUUUUUGCCACCAGCAUUUGACGCCAGACGAAGACGUGACAGGGAGCAGCAUGAUGAUGAAGAAGAGGAGUCGGAAGAGGCCCAAAAUAUGAAUCUUAUUGUUAGCGAUGAUUAUGGUCCUAACACAAAACUUGCGAUGAGCCGAUUGUCAGAAAAAGAAAUUUCAUUUGAAGUAAUUGAGGCACUUCUAAAUGAUAUCACUGGGCAAGGUGAGGAAGGUGCCGUGCUGAUUUUCUUGCCCGGCUGGAAUAUCAUUUCGAUGUUGCUGAAUUACCUGCGAGCGCAU